AUGAGGCCAGACGUGGCCAUCAAGCGAGUGUCCCAGGAGCGCAUCUUGGAGUGGGUGCUGCUGGUGAGUGAGCAGGGCCAGCGGGAGGAGCUGGCGGGGCGUGCCGGGCAAGGCCCGGCAGGGCGGCAGCGAGGGCAGCAAGCGCAAGCGUGGAGUGAGCGGGGGCCGCGCAGCGCCCCGGGCCAGGUCAUGGCGAGCCGCGGCGGGGCUGGGCAGGGGCUGCCCGAGGCGCAGCACAGCAUUGGCCCCGCUGACAGCAUUGCGGUCCCCCCGCAGCGCAAGGGCGCCCUUGUGCUCCUGGAGCCGGCGCUGCUGUGGAAGGUGUCGUGGCCUGGCUUCAGCGGCGUCGUGCGGCUCCUGGACUGGUUCGAGGUGCCCGAGGGCUUCGCGCUGCUCAUGGAGCAUCCGCAGCGCUGUCAGCACCUCUGGUACUUCCUGCACGAGCGGCGGUUCCUGACGGAGCCCGUGGCGCGGGGGCUGCUCCGCCAGGUGCUGGAGGCCGUGCGGUGCCGCAGCAGCCACGGUGUCCUGCUCCGCCACAUCAAGGCCGAGAACGCCCUCGUCCACCUGGCCACAGGUGAGGCAAAGCUCAUCGACUUUGGCUGCAGCACGAUCCUCCAGGACACGUUCUACACCCAGAUGUCAGGAACACCGGAGCACCUUCCAUUCCACACCAAUGAGGACAUCAUCAGGGUCCAGCUCUUCUUCCCACCACGGGUGUCUCAAGGUGGGGAUGCACCUUCAAGGCAUGAGGGGAAGAACGGGGUUGAGGAUUACACCUGGUGCCCGGACCGGACGGGGAAGCGCCUGCAGCAUCCGUGGAGCGCGUCCAGUGCCAGUGCUACCCCAGGGGCCACGGUCUGCAGGGACAGCCCCUUCCAGAAGGACGAGGACCUGGUGCGGGAUCGGCUCCUCUCCUGGCAGCAGCUCUCCAGAGGCUGCUAG